CUGUAAAAACAGAAUGAUGUAUCUGAAUGUAAUCAGAAAAACAGUCAAAGAUGAAGUGAAGGUAUCAGUAAAGAGAGAAAGAGAGUAAACAAACUUGCAACAAACAUCAGGCUUCCGACUUUACUGUGAUCAAUCACCUGCAAGCUCAGAAUUUGGCGGAGGGAGUAAAGAGAGUGUGACAAAUGAUUACUGAUAAAUAUGAAGGAUAAAAGCCAGCCCCUUAUUUAUUCUUCCCCCUUUGUUUUUUUAGCUUUUUUUUUUUUGGGAGGAUAUAAAUAGGAGAGGGUGAGUUUAUUGUUUUCUUUUUUAAAUUAAAAAUUGUAGCAAAAUGGGAAAUCGUUUAACAAAGACAUACAGUAUUCCAAGAGAAAAUAUAGAAAAUAAACAUAUCAGAGAACCAUCUUCAACAAGAGUUAUGACAGAUUUCGAACAAACAUCAUACACAGAGUCAGCAAGUAGUGAAAGUGCAUUUGACACAACUAUUCCAUCACAAAGAGAAUUUCAUCAAGUUCAACAGUCAACUUAUUGGCUACCUAAAGAUGACGAAGAACAACUUAGACUGACAGGACAACACUUUGCUUUUAAAGAAACAUUUGGAGGAAAUGUGAUGCCAAGUGUAACCGAGUUGAUUAAAUUUGACAACGAAGCUUGUGUUCUGGACGUUGGAUGUGGUUCAGGAGCUUGGGUUAUGGACAUGAUCUCCGACUAUCCCAAUUGUGAUUACCACGGCUGCGAUAUAGUUGAUGUAGUCAACACUGACAUGAUGCCAAAACAAUUCACUUUCAAAAUUGGAAAUAUCUUGGAAACACUUCCUUAUGAAGAUAAUACCUUUGACUUUGUUCACAUGAGAUUGAUGAUCUUUGCCCUGCGUGAGGAUGAAUGGCCUGGCGCAAUCAAAGAACUACUUCGCGUAACCAAGCCAGGAGGAUUGGUGCAGAUAGUUGAUGCAAACAUUGAAAUGCCAACCAAACAAGAUGACGCCUUCUACAAGAGUGUAUACGCAGUUCAUCAAACCUGUGCACAAAGAUCACAAAAUCCACGUAUCGGAGGAGAAAUUGAGAGAAUGGUUCGAGAAGCAGGCAAUACCAAUAUUAUUGAUUCCCAGUUUAGAUUUAAUGAUACCACUACUAAAACAAAUUCAGCAAAGAAACUUGCUUGGAGUUGGAUAAAUGGAGUCAAGAGCACAAUCUCUGUCCUAGGCCCCGUGAUUGGUCUUGAAAAUGAGCACGACCAAAGAGACUUUUUGAGAGAACUCAAGUAUUGUAUGGAGAAUAUUAGUGGUUACUUUAAUGUAAAUGUCGUUGUUGCUCAAAAGACUGCUUAAAAAAAUAAAAAAUAAAAAAAAAGUAAUUAGUAAAUGCCAC